AUGAGGAGGAGGAGGCCCGAGCGUCGGAGGCGCCUGGAGGAGGACAAGCGCCGGUUGAAGGAGGAGGAGGCGGCCCGGGAACGGAGUUUGCACGACGCCCAGGAGUUCCUCAAGAAACAGAUGGACGAAAUAAGGCAGCGGGAGAAGGCGGAGGCAGAGCUGCGGGACCAGGAGCGCGAGCUGCUGGACCGGCAGCGGCAGAUCGAGGCGGCCAUCGAGCGGCGACAGGAGGUGGAGCGUCGCCGACAGUGUCGACAGCUGAGUCUGUUCCAGGCGCAGCAGUGUAACGCCAAGCUGCGUCAGCGCUCGGCCCAGGUGGAGGACGCGCUGCGGGACGAGCGAGACUUCCUCGACUCGCUCAUGGCCUCAGUUGAGGCGGGCUCGCGGCAGCCCCCAAGCGCGGAGGUGCUGCAGCAGCAGCUCGACCUGGGAGCAGGCCAGGCGCCGCCAAAUGGAGAGGUGCUGUUCAAGUGA